GGUCUGCUGGGCAUCAAUGAAAAACAAACCAUGCAGAUGUUGAAUGACCGUUUGUCUUCCUAUCUCGACAAAGUUAGUGCUCUAGAACAGGAGAAUGCCCAGCUGGAAAGAAACAUCAGUGAAUGGUAUGCAAACAAUGCUCCCAGUUCCCUGCCUGACUCCAGCCAAUACUUCAGGAUAAUAUCAGACCUCCAGAGUCAGAUUGCCGCUGCUACUAUGGAGAAUGCCAGAAUAGUCCUGCAGAUUGACAAUGCCAGACUUACCGCUGAUGACUUCCGUGAAAAGUAUGAGAUGGAACUGAGUAUCAGCAAUAACACCGAAGCUGACAUCAAUGCUCUGCGCAGAGUCUUAGAAGGACUCAACCGUGACAACUGUGACCUGGAAAUGCAAGUUCAGAACCUCCAGGAAGAACUGCAGGAAAUGAAGAGGAAUCAUGAGGAGGAAGCAAAUUGUCUCCGUGCUCAGCUGGGAGCCAGAGUUAAUGUAGAACUCAAUGCUGCCCCAUCCAUUGACCUUAAUAGAGCUUUGACUGAAAUUCGUGACGAAUAUGAAAACCUGAUGGAAAGAAACCUAAGCGAUGUAGAGGAUAUGUUCAGGCAAAGGAGUGAAGAAUUAAACCGUCAAGUAACGUCUGGUUCUGAGCAACUUCAGUCUGUGCAAACAGAGGUGAUUGAGCUUAAUCGCACCAUACAGACCCUUGAAAUCGAACUACAGAGCCAGAUGAGCAUGACUACAGCCCUGGAAAGCACCUUGGCAGAGACACAAGCUACCUACAAUUCUCAAAUCGCUCAGUUACAAGCUAUGAUCAAUAAUGUUGAGUGCCAGCUGACCCAAAUCAGAUCUGAUCUGGAACGUCAGAACUAUGAAUAUAAGAUCCUCAUGGACCAAAAGACUCACCUGGAGAUGGAAAUUGCUACUUAUAAACGCCUUCUGGACGGACAUAACAUCCACGUCUCAGACUAUGGCAUGUCAAGCGGAAAACAUGGGUGGAGGGUGACAGAGGAAGAUGAUCAUACUUCAGCUUCCACUUAUCAAAUGCUACUCAUAGACAAAACUAGUGCAAACAGCAAGGAAAUGCCACCCCAAGCUCCUAUCAUUGCUGACUCCUCCAGUCCUUACAUGGACAGUGCUGGAGGCUAUGACUUGUCUGGAUUCACUCAUUCAAUCGCCAUGAACCACAGAGAGAAAUACAGAUAUUCUUUAGCGAGAUCCUACAAGAAUAUAUCUCGUAUGGGUUCUCCUGUUCUUCAGAUGUCAAGCCGCCCACACCAUGGAUGUCUUACCAGAUUCAGUCAUGGAGGAUGCUCUAAAAGUACUGGACAAUCACAAUUUUUUUAUUAUGGAGAGCUCCAUGAGUCCCAUCACAGAAGAUCUUAUAUGUACGAUAAAGUAGAUUCCAAAGCAUUUGGUCAUGGAAGCUCCAAGGCUUUUCUGCAUAGUGGUCACCAUGCAACUUCAUAUGGAUGUAAAGCUCUCCAAGAUACUAAGAAUUUACCUGUGAGCCAUGGCUAUAAUGUACAUUGCCAUAAUACUUAUUUGAGAAACUCCAGGGAGUACGAUAAGUGUAAAAAUCAUAGCAUUUUUGACUUCAAUCAAAAAAAGACCAUGAUACACUUAAAUGAAAGGCUGUCUUCCUAUUUGGAGAAAGUUCAUUCUCUGGAGCAGGAUAAAGAAAGAUUUGAGAAGAAGAUUGCAAAAUGGUAUGAAAACAAUGCUCCUGGCAUGCCUGCAGACCUUAGCAAGUACUUCAAGACAAUUCAGGAGCUCCAGAAUCAGAUCUCUACAGUUUUUACAAACAAUGUGGGUAUUAUCAGGAAUAUUGACAAUGCUAGGAUGGCUGUUGAUGAAUACAAUAACAAGUAUGAGGUGGAGCUAAUUUUGAAAACCAGUAUUGAUGCUGAUGUGAAUUGGCUGCAUGCUGUUUUGGACGGGUUUAAUGACCAGUCAGUUAAACUGGAUUCUGAGGCUGACAAACUUCAGCAAGAGAUGUUGAAGAUAAGGAGGGACAGUGAGCAGGACAUAAACUUUUUGACAUCUCAACUUGGGACCAGAGUCAGUGUGGAGGUAGAAGUUUCUGCAUCUGCUGAUCUCAAUAAUGCAUUAUCUGGUAUUCGAGAAGAAUAUGAGGAACUAAUGGAAAAGAACCUGAGGAAAAUUGAAAACCUUUUUCUGCAAAGGAGUGAGAAGUUAAAUCAAAAAGUGACCUCUGGCUCCGAGCAGUUGCAGUCAGCUCAUACUGAACUAAUUGAUGUAAAACAUUCUCUGCAAACCUUGGAAAUCGAACUGCAACGUGAACAAUACAUGAUAUCAACUCUGGAGGAAACUUUAGCAGAGAAACAGGCUUAUUAUGUCUCAGAGCUUGCUCAGCUACAGGGAGUGAUCAAUAGUGUGGAAAGCCAAUUGGAUCAGAUUCGAACUGAGCUGGAAAGCCAGAUUGAGGAGUACCAACUUCUCAUGGACAAGAAAACCCAUUUGGAACAGGAGAUUAGUACAUACCAAUAUCUAAUGGAUGGACAUGGCAUCAAUUUAAUUGGACAACCUCCCUUCAGAGAACACAUUGAACAAAGUUCCAAUGAUGAACAGAAGGACAACGAAACUGCAGACAACAUGAGCCACAACGCCAGGCACUGCUACUCAUCUGCUGGAUCUCAUAUGGGAAGCCACCGUGCUGGUGGACCUCAUUCAGGUCAUGCGACUUCACAUCAUGGAGGGUCACACACGUCACAUCAUGGAGGAUCUAGCAUGUCCCACCAUGGAGGGUCUCAUAUGUCACAUCAUGGAGGUCACCACACAUCCGAUCAUGGAGGUCACCACAUAUCCAACCAUGGAGGUCACCGCAUGUCAAGUCAUGGAGGUCACCGCAUGUCAAGUCAUGGAGGUCACCAUAUGUCUCAUCAUGGGGGCUCCCAAAUGUUACUUCAUGGAGGUCACCACAUAUACGAUCAUGGAGGCUCCCACAUCUCACAUAAUGGAGGACAGAACACAUCACAUCAUGGAGGUCACCACAUGUCUCACCAUGGAGGUUCCCACAUGUCAAGUCUUGGAGAUCACCACACAUCCCAUCAUGGAGGUCACCGCAUGUCAAGUCUUGGAGGCUCCCACAUGUUACUUCAUGGAGAUAACCACAUAUCCCAUCUUGGAGGCUCCCACAUGUCACAUAAUGGAGGUCAGAACACAUCACAUCAUGGAGGUCACCACAUGUCUCAACAUGGAGGUUCCAACAUGUCAAGUCUUGGAGAUCACCAUAUGUCCCAUCAUGGAGGCUCCCACACAUCACUUCAUGGAGGCUCCCACAUGUCACGUCAUGAAAGCCAUCACACAUCCCAUCCUGAAGGUUCCCAAUUGUCCCAUCAUGGGGGCUCCCACAUGUCAAGUUAUGGAGGUCACAAUAUGUCCCACCAUGGAAACCACCACAUUUCUCAUCAUGAGGGUGAUAAUACAUCUCACAAUGAAGGCCACCACAGAUCCCACCAUGGAGGUUCUCAUGGCUCCCACCAUGGAAGCAAUCACAUGUCCCAACAUGGAGGUCACUGUGUGUCCCAUCAUGGAAGCCACCACAAAAAAGAAGUGUCCUUCUCAAAACAUGUUGGCCAUAGCCAUGAGGGUCAUCAUAGCUCCUCUGGAGGCCAUGGUGGCUGGAAGAGGGAUAGCCUAUUAGGUGUUAAUGAGAAAGAGAUCAUGCAGCUUUUAAAUGAACGCUUGUCAUCCUACCUCACCAAGGUUCGUUCACUUGAGAUGGAAAAUGCCCAGCUGGAUAGAAAGAUUUUUGAAUGGUAUGCAAGCUACCAGCCAAAAACACCUCCUGAUGGCACUCAUUACUACAGACUCAUUGAUGAGCUCCAGAACAAGAUUGCUGAAGCUGCUAUAGAAAAUGCCUGGAUGCUUCUUGAGACUGACAAUGCCAGGCUGGCUGCUGAUGAUUACAAGACCAAGUUAGAAAUGGAACAGACUUUGGCAAGUAAUGUGGAGAUGGAUAUCCAGAAGUUGGAAAGAGUGUUGGAGGGACUCUGGGGAGAGGCUGCAGAGCGUGGGAUGCAGGUCCGAAGCCUCCAAGAAGAAAGGGACUGUCUGAGAAACAACAGCGAAGAGGUAAUAGAAUCCCUCCUCUCCCAGCUGGGUGCCAGAAUCAACGUUGAACUGAAUGCCGCCCCAUCUAUUGAUCUAAAUGAAGCCUUGUCUGAGAUUCGAGAGGAAUAUGAAAGCCUUAUGGAGAGAAACCUCGGAGAAGCUGCAAAUAUGUUCCUUGGACAGAGCGAGGAGUUAACUCGUGAAAUGGAGUUUGGUUCAGAAGAGCUGCAGUCCAUUGAAACGGAAUUAAUUGAGCUGAAGCGUUGCAUGCAGGCCCUGGAAAUUGAGUUACAAAGUGAACUAAGCUUGAAAUCAGCUCUGGAGGGCACUUUGGCUGAGAUGGAAGCUACUUUUGGGUCCAAACUUGCUAAACUGCAGUGUCUGAUCAAUGGAUUGGAGUCUGAUCUGGCACAGAUUCGAUCUGACCUAGAACGUCAGAAUCACGAAUAUAGGACUCUCAUGGACCAGAAGAACCAUUUGGAGAUGGAAAUUGCCACCUACAAACGGUUGCUGGAUGGACAUGACAUUGAGUAA